CUUCUCCUCUACCUCCUUCUCUUACACAGUUUCGUCCUCAUGCUACCAUCGGUGGCCUCUACAUCGUCGUCUUCGUGCUACCAUCACAAUGUCCAUCUUCUUCAGUCGACGCGUGACCUUCUCGCAGACCGUAGAGAGAGAGUUUCCGUGAACUGCGAGUGUUUGAUCCUUAAAGGUGAGCGCCGCAUCUUUCCAGGGCGGUUGGCUCUCGCUUUUGCGUCUAAAGAAGAAGAGGGACAAGUCCCUCGAGAUCUCGAUCAAUCAUCCACCAAGUUUCCCCUUUUUCUCUAUCUUUCUCUCUCUCUCUCUCUCACUCUUUUAUCUCUUUUUCUCUUUCACGUAAUAUAUCAAAGAAUACAGCAACAUCGGUCAACUGGGAUUUGUACAAGAAUCAAGCACGUGUUAGCUUCUUUACUUAUGGAUCCACGGAAGGAGUGUGAGUAAUCGACCGGUUCGACCUUGUUGGUGAUCUAAAAGCGUUCACCUUCUCUUCGUUCUUCGAUUUAUCAGAAAUCAACGAAAAAGAUGCGAGCCAUCCUGUUGAUGUCAUUAAUUACACUAGCCAGUAUUAAUGAAGUGGUUAGUGAGUAUUUGAUGGGUGGUCACCUGGACAAUAAUGAUCCGAAAACGAAAACUCAAACGAACGAGCACGAGUACAUAUCUUUAGGAAGAUCGACUCUACUGGACGCCCUUGACCUAGAUCUUGAUGCCGAAGAAAGCACCGUCGGUUCUUUCUCUUUAGCCAAGGACGAUGAAGGUCCACGAUAUGGGCCACCAUUUUCCUUCGCUUUCAAUGGUGGGAGGCCUUUUUCCUUAGAAAAAGAUCCUAUUACUGGAAAAAUCGACUACGAGAAAGCACCGGCGGUGAAAAUCUUAAAUUACACUGAUCGUUACGAGGAAAACGACGAUAAUGAUGAAGAUAAGGAAACAAGUGAAGUGGCACUGAAAGAGGAUGCUAAUUUGCACACGAAGGAAAACAAGAAAAUUGAGAAUAAAGAUCCCGACGAUGUUAGUCCGAAUGAGAUAAAUCCAAAUUCACCGAGUUUUCACGACUUUCUCAAUCUUCCCGUUCGUUAUUCUUCCGAUAAGUACACCAAUGAUAAAUAUCCACUGAUCUCGAGUUCGUACGCGAACACGAAAGUUCAAAGUGGCUUGAAUAGCUAUAGUACAUAUAAUCAUAGGCCUUAUCAUCGAGAAACUACUUUAUAUUAUCCUGUUAAAAAAACACAUAUCCCAAAAAUAAGUACUACAACAACAACAACGACUACUACUACCACCACUACCACCAUGAAACCAACUACGUUACGUCCAUCGACGACGUCUACGACAGUACCAACAACUACCACAACAACGACGACUACUACGCCUUCGACUACAACGUCUACUACCACAAAAGCACCACCUGUUACCACUUGGAAACCAUCAAGCACAAGUACCGUACGAUAUACGGCAGAUAACAGUAAUAAUUAUGAAGAUAUUCUUUCUUCGUUUAACAUUCCUAUGAAAACAUUUCAAGAAACAAUAAAUUUCGAUCAUCAAAGUCCAAACAAUCUCGCAGGAUCUUCUCACAGAGAACCUCCUGUGGUACAAUUACCUCCGAAAAAAGAAGAGUAUGAUAUGUAUGAUGAUUAUGACAUGCACGAAGAAUCAAAUGAAGAACAGGAUUAUUCGUUUGAUAAGGAAGUACCUAAGGAACCAACAAGUUCAAGUACAAUACCAGCUUCACCGAGUACAACUCCAUCAACUAUUCAAUCAACCGCAAAUACACCUGAAAGUACUACAAUGAGACCGACUAUAUCAUUUUCUACUUCGGCUCCAUCAUCACCAUCGAACAACAUCGUAUCUACCCAUCCAUUACAAUUUCAGGUUGUCCCACAUCCAGUUACUUCAAUGUCUAUCGAUUCCGAUGAUCGUGAACUGCCAACCUUUGAGAAUGUUGUCGAUAAUCGAAGACCUGGAAUGUUUGAUGGUAUGAUUUCCAAUGUGGGAGGACAUCAGAUUAUUAAUCAACGACCACUUGGAAUGGGUGGACAAAUUCUAGUAGGAAGUACGAGUAACAUUGUUGUUCCACCAGAUCAGGAUACGGUGUCUUUCGUACUUGGAAAUAGGCAAAAUGUGGAGGGCGGAGGUUACUAUUCACCUGGUACAGCAAUUGGUGAGAAUCCUUACGGAGGUUUGACAGGGGCAGAAGCAUCGUUUAGACCAUUAUACGGUGAAGUGUCAACUGAUCAAGAUGGUUAUGAGCUUGAGACUGAUCCACAAAGAACGGUAGCUCUUCCAUCGGUAGCCGUUGAAUCUACUUUCGGGUAUAGUCCACAAAAACAGUGGCCACCGAAUUCAGGACCACCUUUGAAAAAUAACAACGAAAUCGAGUCAUCAAGAAUACAAUCCUCUAUCGUUCGAGGUACUGUUCUAAUGGAACAGAAAGAUGUUCGAAAUGAGGAAAAAGAUCCUAAUCGCGUAACUUUUCCUAAACCAGAAGAAGAAAAACAUUCGGUUGAAGAACAUAUUGUCAUUAUUAACGAAGCUGAUGGUACAGUUCAAGAAUUCCCACCUUCAACGACGAUAUUACCUUUAAAAAUUAACAAUAAGCCAGAUUCUGUUUCAACAAUGGACGAUCAUCUUCCUCAACUUUCUGAAAAUCUUACACCACCUGCUGAAAGACCAAGGCCACCUCCAUCUUAUUAUUUCCAUUAUCAGCAUGGUGGAACUAUAAGACCCGAAUACCCAAGACCACCUCAAAGACUUCCUUUACCUCCUGCACGUGGAAAACCAUUUCCCCCUCCUCCCCUUCCACCACCUGUACCUGAUUCCUUAGCGAUCCGAAGACGACCAUAUCCUUCUGACACAAAAUUACCGAACAUAUUGCCACAAUUCAGGCCAAAUGCAAAAGUCUCACAUGGUCAUCGUAAUUCAGAAAAUAUAGGUACAAUACCAGCACCGCAACCAUAUCUUAAUAGGGUUAGACAAACGUCUCACGUUCAUCCCCCAUCGAGAAGACCUUUACUACCUGCGCCAUCAUAUCUUCAAAGAUUGAAUCCACCCCCACCACCGAUUCAUGCUAUCAGACUUGCUGGAUCAUCUUCUACAAUAGCAGAAAAUAUUGCCCCUGUUCAAGAAAGUGAGCCAAUGGUCAAGAGAUUUCGUUAUCCAUCAGCAGUACAACCAACUUCCAGAGGAGAGAACGACGAGAAUACAAAUCAGCCGAAUCGGUUGCCAGGUCAAAAGCAGAAAUUGCGAUUGGAGGAUGAAGAGACAUCCGAGCGGUAUUCAGAGGAACCACCUCAAAUGCCACCAAGGCCACCUUUGUUCCCGCGGCGUAGAACGGCAGAUCCACCACGAGUUACCACCUUACAAAUGAUUCAACAACGAGGAGAGCUCGAAGAAGACGAAGAGGUAACAGGUUUGGCAACUUCCAGUAAUAACGAUCCAGAUCAAGAGGUUAAAAUCUCGAUGGGUCAAGAAAUAGAACAUAGAAAAGAUGUUCGCGAUUCAGUAGCCGAGGCACCGGUUUACGUAGUAUACCCUGUGAACACUGCGGUUAAUAUAGAUCCUGAUGAUUCUGGGGAUAAAGACGAGAGUGUGGUAGUGGGAACUAGAGGACCACAUCGUCCUCUUCCACCGGAGACUCUUCUUCGAGAUGAUAAGGACAGAGAGAAGAUCAAUGAGGAGGAGUCGACAAUGGUCGAUCUUUACAACGGUCGUCCUGUCGGAGAUUUUUCCUAUUCUCUUGAUAGAGUAGAUCCUUCCAUAUACGCUGGACCCGUGAGAGAAACACCCAUACUUGUUCCGAGCGAUCAACGUCAUGAGAGUCGCCCGUUGAACGAAAGGGAUGAGGAAAAGGAAGAUAGUGAUCACGUAAAUGUUAUACCUUAUCUGCAAGAUUUCGUUCCUUUUUCAAGAAGAAAAAAUGAAGGCGUUAUCUCAGCAACUCUUCAUCGUAUGCCAAGCAAUAAUCAUCCAUCGUCAACACCAAUAGCUUAUGUUUACACACCUACGGCUGAAGCAUCUCAUCGUCUAGAUGUCGACGUUAAAGAUGAUGGGUCGAAAAUUAAUAGAAACGAUCAACGACCGGUUCUCUUGCCCUCUCAGCAACCUUCGAGUUCUUCAAGUUCUGCCCCAUCUCCACAGAAUUUCAUGGCACCAUUUGUGGCCAGUCUGAGAGCCGAAGCCCCAGCUAAAAAUGGUUGGAAUGUUGUUGUUAUCGAGUCUAAAGAUAAAACGACAUCUAACGAUGAAAAGACUGAUGAUGUUGUCGAUACGGAUGAUGAAUCGUCAAAAAAAAGCGAGUUCGAUCCGGAGAACUUCAAACCACAACUUUUCGGUGGAUUUAAACCAAUUUUUGAAUUUCCUAUGGAUAAUGAUGAUAAUACGGAAAAACGUGAAAGUAGUAAUGAUAAUUCUUCAAUAUCGAAAAACAUACAACAAGAGGCUGUUGAUUCUGCUGCUUGAUGAAAACUCUAUAGGAAUAUAGAGAAUUUAUGGGUAUCAUAAAAUAUAAAUCUUUCGUUGGAAAUAUCUCUUCGAUCACCUGUAUUUCUUUUGGCGUUUCUCAUCUUAGACUAGAUCGAUUAUUUAUCCCAAGUAAGAAAUCUACGGGAUAAAAAUAUAUCUUUUGUUAUAAAUUAGAAUUAUUUAAUAUGCGUCUGAAUUUGUUAAAUUUUCGAUGUAGAGUUUAAUUUAAGAAUAGAAUAAACAAUAGAAAGAUAUCGAAGAAACGCAAAAAGAAAUUAUUGUCGAAGAAAAAGCAUUCCAAAAUCUUGCGCUGUGGUGUUUGGGAUCUAUUGGUUGAUCAUUACGGGGAAAAAUAUAAUAGCGGUGCGAGAUUAGAUUGUCUUAGAUCUUCGAUGAUACUAAUUUUAUCAGAAUCAUUGAGGUUUCUUUUAUUAAUUAUAUGAGAAAUAUAAUAAUAAUGAUCGGCAUGUUACAUUUCAUUUAUAAAAUGUUGUGUAAUUUUCACGAGAUCUUUCACAUUUGUGUAUUAAGGUCGAAGAUAAAUUGGAUCGUGUAUCUCGUGAUAAUAAUAUUAUAUAAUUACACGUAUUUAUUUAAUUAUUUAAUUAUAUGUUAAAAUAUAUUUUUAUAUACGUACUUGUUGAUUACAAGUAUCAUGUUGACUGAAGUGUGUAGGAUAUCUAUGUAGUAGUUAUAUUAUAUUUAUGUAUCCAAUUUUUUCUCUUAUUUAUAAUGUAAUUGUAAAAUAUAUCGAUGCUUUUUAACAGCAGCCAUAGAUAUAACAUAUCACGAAUAAAAUUCGAAAUAAUUUUAUUCUUUAUUUUCAUUUUAUUCAUAUAAAUGCUCUUUGUAAAUGAAAUCCUGUCUCUAAUACAUUUAGUACAAAAAGU